GUUUCUUGGUAAGGAACAAUUUCAAAGGAGUCUGCGUGUUAAUAUUAAAGACAUGAGUAAUCUGCAAGUCGACUUCUUAAAAUUGAUGGGAGGACAGGAGAAAAAGAAUUCCCUAGUAAUAAGUCAAGUGCUCAUCAUUCCAAGAUCUCCAGUACAGGUUCCAACUCCUACCACCUUUGACUUUAAAGAAGGAAAUGAUACUUCUGCACAAAGUGUGCAACAUUCAAGUGGAAAGCGUCCAAGUGUAGAAUCAUCGUCAGGACGCCCCAUUGCGGCUCUUAAGAAGAGGCGCCGCCUAUUGGCAGACAAAGGUGAACUGCAAGUGCCCAGCAAUGAAGAUCUAGAGUGGCUGUCACAAAGGAUAGCCCAAGGCUGGAAGCCGCUUGGACGUCGUCUUGACAUCAAAGAGGAAAAGCUUACGGCGUUUCACAAGGAAAACGAGGAAUAUACUGAAAAAGCGUACAAAAUGUUACUGCACUGGAAACAAAAGACAGGUUCAGCCGCAACAUUUGAGGUCAUGUACAAUGCCUUGUGUCAUGAGUGUGUAAAUCGAAAAGAUUUAGCCGAAACGUUUUAUAGUCGAAUGGACGAAGUUGCUGAUUAGGUUUCAUUAGUUUUCAAGUGCUUUGCGGUUAUUACAUACAUGCAAACAUACAUGUAUAUAUAGAUAUUAUAACAUUUCUCAAGUUCUGCUUUGUAUUACAAGAAAUUUUUCUGAGUAAUGCUUAAAAAUUAAUGCAUAUCCGUACGUUAUAUAUAUUUCUGCUGCAUCAGCACUGCGACCUUUUAUUCUCUUCCCUUCUCUUCUUUGCAUUCUUGAGGCAGCAAGUUCCUUUUGGGACAACUUGAGAAUUGCGUGCAUCAAAAACGCCGGAAAAAAAAUACACUACAGGCACAGCAAAAUCUUAUAUAAUUUCUGGGUUUAAACCUAUCCGAAAAAUGUUCCAUUUUCAACACGCCUAAGCGCAGAGACAAAAUGAAUUUUCAAGGCUUUCCUAGUAACUUUGGAAGAAAACUGAUACACAUAAAGAAAGUAACUAUUGUGAGCAAAUCCUUAGGCAUGUUUCAAGAGAUGUGAGAAACCCUAUUUUGAAAUUGGACCUAAAUAGCUGACAGUUUUUUUUAUUGAUUAUAGUAUCGAAGGUAGUAUUUGCUAGACGUAGAUGUAUAUAAAUGUCAGGUUACAAGAACACAAAUCUUCCAUCCUACAGUUACUCUAUGUAAAACUUUUAAUUCUAUUUAUUUAUUUUUUUAUUUAUCUAUACGUAUUUUUUUACUUUUUCUUCUUGAGGGAGGUUAUAAGUUAAAGUUUUUGAUAAUCUUAUAGAUAUCACACUGAUUGUAAUGUGAAUAAUUGUUUCAGGAUGAGUAAGUAAGGUGUAUUACGCAACAUGAUGUUCUCAGAAAUAGUAAAAGUGAGCCAGUGUGUGUUGGUAAGCAAGCUAUGCGUCUAUUUUAGGUUCGUAUCAAGGUUAAUGUUGUCUGUUUAAUUUGUGUCUACUGUAUAUUGCAUGAAAGAAAAUGGAUGUAUUUACCUUUUUUUGUCAUGAAGAACUUAAGGUAACCCACAAACGUUUGAAGCAGUACUUCUGCGAUCAUAAUGAUAAUAAUAAUGAUAACAUUAAUAACGAUGAUAACUUUAUUUCAGUGUCUAAUGGAUUUAGCACCGGUGGAAGACAGGCGCUAAUUAAGGACACUCUAACAGCGAUUACAAUCCUAUUAAUAUAAAAGUACAAUAACAAUUUUACUAAGCUCAAUCUAAGUACAGUUAAAAGAAAGUACAUUACCUACGAUUUCUAAAUAAGAAAUAGUGAUUUUAUAAAUCUAAAUUAUGGGAAAUGCAAAUCCCUAAGGGUCACACAUUCGGCAGUUUUCUACUGCAUAAAGUUAUCCUCGGUUUGGGUUGCUCUUAACUCUUUAAUCCCUAAUACGAGUGAUUGGCAUCUUAUUUCUCCUUACAAUACCAUCGUUGAAUUGAACAUUAAGGUCAUGAGAAUAAGGAAAGUUAUCACCAAAUAGAGAAGCUUGUGUUGAAGAAGUUCCCCAUAUUGGUGUCAUUAGAGAUGAAUAGAGAACGCUGUGAAGAUAUGCAUACAGAUCUUUGAGUGCAGCCGGUUAAAGAAUAAUUCAAUCUUCGUCAAACUCGGGUUACUUUUUUAAACAAGUUAUUGUAGUGUCAAGACGUAAAAACGAGUUUGGUGACCGUUAGAUUUUAUUACUGAGGAUUACUUGAUUAAGGAAUUCGAACUUUCUUAGAAAGCGUGAAAUUAUUUUAUCAGAAUCGUGUUACUUGCACUACCAUGCAUGAAUUACGAAAAUAACCAUAUUUUCUUACUAAUGUAUGACAGCCUUGUACUUUUCAAAUCCUUUCAGAAAACUUAUUUUUUGUAAUAAGUAUGUGAGCAUAUCUCACUUUUGUAAUAAAAAGUAGAAGGAACGCGUUUUGCUUCUUAAAUUUUGAUUUGUUU